AUGCAACUCUCCACGGAAGUGGGCAAAGUCUUCGAGAGAAUCAUCCGGGCAGUUCAGGAUGAACAGGAGGUACUUGCGUCGGCGGCUCAGGUGAGCGAGGACAAGAUCACGCAAGCCGAGCUCUACUCCUCUGCGCAGAAGGCGCAGUUGGACCAGCUGUCUGCAGAGGUUUCGCAGCAUCAGCGAGAUGGCGAAGAAAAGGACGCCAAACUGCAGACGAUGACAGACGAAAACAGGAACCUCUCAGAGCAAGUUCGGCAGCUUGAAGACGAGAUCACAGGGCUUCGGCAGCAGCUUCUGCAGAUCAAGCUGAGUCGGACGCGGAAAGAUGCGGCGCAGGACUCCGUAGCACCGGUGGCGUCGGCGGAGGUAUCGGCCGCGGGUGCUCCGGGAGCAACCAAGGAAGCUUGCUCUUCAUCGCGCAGUUCAAGCCCAUCCUCCUUCACUGUGCCGCCCAAAGCCGAGGAGGCCAGCGACGACGACGCCGAGGAUGAAGAAGAGGAGGAGGAGAUGCAGGAGCCACCAGAGGCGAAGGUGACGGAGGACACAGCCGCAAACAAAGAGGAGCCAAUAGCGGCAGCCUCUUCGAGUCCGAGGCCUCCUCGCGAGCGGAGUCGCAGUCGCCCGCUGACGCGGGGCCAAGGGCGGCUCCGGAGCGUCUCCCCAUCCCAAGGCGACCACGAGCCACAGCCAAAGAGUUCCGCUCGCCACGUAACAAAGCGUUCAGACUCUCGCCGCCCGUUGGCACGACACCAGACCGCUCCGUCCCGCCAUGCAAGGAGCCGCGCAUCGCUUCCGCCCCCACCCCCCCUGCCGGAGCGAGGACGGGCCCGGCAGGCGACACGAGACAAGGUAUGCUUCCAGUACUGCGCACGUGGGAAAUGUGCCUCGGGAGAUGAGUGCCCCUUGCGACAUCCGCCCAAAGAAGACGCGGACAAAAUAAUGCGCCGGGUGGAAACAACCGCAUGCCGCGAUGGCAACGACUGCACGCGCCCUCACUGCUACUUCGCGCAUCCGGGAAGCAACUCGGGAGGAAAAGGGAAGCGAGUGAAACGCUCAAAGCCGGAGAGAGACCGAAGACGAUGA